AUGUUACAGAAGCAAGAAUUAUCUCUGUCUUGUGUCGUUCUGCACAACUUCCUGCUCAAGGAGUCCCCCACUUCCCGGUCUGCAUACUGCCCUCCUGGAACAGCUGACCACCUAGACUGGCAAGGAAACAUCACUGAAGGCAGCUGGAGGGCCGAGGAUAGCAGCAACACUGCACUGCCACCACUGCGUAGCACAGGCUGUCACUCAACCAGAGCUGCCUACAGAGUGCGAGACCUCCUUGCCAAGUACUUCGUCACUGAUGGCAAGAUCCCUUGGCAAGAGUACAUGAUCAAGGACAGAACACUGUGCAGUGUGCUGUAA